AUAAACAACCUCAACGAGACCAAAAUAUGUUGCCGGGCAUUCUGCCUUCGUUGUUUGGUUUCGCGCACGGACGUCGUGACGAGUGCAGUUGUUGGCAUACGUUGAACCUAACGUCGUUUCGGCGGAUACUCACCUCCACACUUUUCCAGGAAUAAAUGUAAAGGAAUGAAGCCCCCGGCGUUCAGCCUUCCGCGUCACACCGACGAGCCCAGCCUGUGGGGUCCCCUGGCAACCACAGUGGUUGGCCUGUGCUUCAGCCUGUGCGGCACGGUAACCUUCAUGGUCGGCUUCGUGUGGCUCCGGUACCAGCCCGUGUGGGUGGCCGGUGUACUCCUGUUUGCGCUCAGCCUUGUAGUCAUUUGCUCUGGCAUGCUGGCCUACAAGACACAGGUGGAUCGCUUCAGGCACGAGACACAGAACCAGCACUAUGCCACACCCUACGGGCGACUGCACGCGGAGGACGAAGAAGCUGGUCCCUCCCGUCAGGCUGCUGCAGGAAAGUCUGGUCGCUUGGGCCCGUCGAAUGCACCGCCAUCCACUAUUAUCUUGGAAGAGACGGCUGGCUGGAACGGAACAGCACCACAGUCGCAUAAUUUGCACGCUUGUGGCAUCGCUGUUCACAUCUAGGCAGUGUGAUGCCUUCAUCAUGUAGACGCUAACAUCUACGAGGUGACACCAGCGCAGAUCGAACACUGUCAUCAUCGAUGAUGGCGGUCAUCAUCGAUACUACUCGGGUUAUCGGCUGUAUCUCGAUUUUAAGGAUGACACGCAGUGUUUAUAGUCAGAGGAGCGCCGUCGCCAGACACAAGUAGAAGCUCUGUUACACAAAGUGGCAGUGGUACAUGAAUAUUCCAAACUUUUUAAUAAGGAAUCUAUAUUGCGCUAUUCAAUUCGGUGCUCGAGUGAAAUAGUCGUGACGCACGAAUUAUAGGGCUUUCUAAUAGUUGUCGAAUAGUUCACAUCAUCAAGUGCGCAGAAUCUAAAAUGAAACUGGGAAAACAUUGCGAUAACUUUGAUCCCGGCCACAGUGAGCAUACUAAAUCACGUAAAGUUACGUAAUAGUGCACUCUGCGUUGUUCAGCUAGCCAAACCAGUCCGGCUGAGCCCGCAGUAUGGCGGUAUUUGCACGAUUCUAACGCGCACUUUUUUUAAAUAAGUGCGCGUUCAAAUUGACAUGCGCGUUACAUUCGCAACUAAUUCUACUCAACCUGAAAAAUUAAAGCGAUCCUAACUAAAAAAAAAAAAAAGCUCCAUGCAAGGUAGCUAGCCACACUGCCAUAAAAAGCAACGCUCGGAGACAUCGCAAGGUGGGUCAUUGGUGCUUGGAAUGCCUUCUUGCAGACGAUGGUUGUGCGAGCCUCCAGAAGUGUGACAUUUCUAGUGCAAGAAAUUAGACUCAAGGUGACUUUCUGUGGUCGGUAGACCACGAAAAGGAGGUGUUGUCGGACUGCGAUAGCCACUAGCUGCAAAGAUUCUGCUGUGUGUGUGUUUGUGUGCCUUUCUAUGUUCUGUAAUACCAUUUCAUCACGGCACACGUGGACUCAGGUUUUGUUACUUUAUGUGCGCGGUAGAAUCGGCACCAAGUUAUUUUUUUUUUAAUAUUUGGGAAUAUAUAACUGCGCGCUACAGUCGGUGACGCGGUAGGAUCGUGCAAAUACGGUAUUCUCAUCGAAAGUUUUCAUCCCCAUCGCAUUCAGAGGAUGAAUUUGUUUCGCACUAUUGAAGGGACACGGGGCGUGUUGGUUACAGCUCGCGGUGUCGUGAAAGGUAAGGGAACCCUGAACUGAAGACCACACCCAUCGAGGCAGAAUUUCCAUCUGAUUUUAUAAAUAAAAGCUAUAACUUCUUUCUCUGGGAUAAAUUGAAAAUAGGCAGCGUCACAACAAUGCUUUCAUAUAAUAUUGGUCCUUUCUUUCGCUACACUUCCUAUCAGCGAAAAAAAAUAACGCUUUCACGGUUGCGUAGUCGGCACAGGCGAGGAGAACAUAAUUUUAUUAUUUAAGAAGGAUGUAAUUAUUUGAAAACUGUUCGAAACGUCCAGAAUGUUAUUCGCUUCCAUACUAGCACUAUUGAAUUCAUAUCCGAUUCCGAUUCAAAAAUUGCUAUUUGCACACACCUACAAACUGCGAAGUCGGCGUAGCCUGUUGCUUUGUUCAAGACAUUCGGCCUUGGCUUUCUCCGUUGUGUCACUGACGAGUCUCACCUCGGUUCUGCACAUAGGCCUGCUCACCGCAUUGUAAUGCCCAGUUCAAAAUGUUUCUGGGCUGUCAGAACACUCAUUGGCGAGUGAAUAUUGGCCUGAAGCACAGUACUCGAGCUUUAGUCUGGUGGUCACCAGAAAAUAUAUUUAAAUCUUAAUGUCCUUAGUUGGUCGCGUGACGCUGUACUUUAUGCUCAGUUUAAAAGCUCGCAGCGCUGCAAACACUAUGUACAGGGCAUUUUGACGCGCAGCUAGAUAUUGCUGUAAAAAUAAGUUGGCGGUGAAUAAAACACAUCGUGUAACUAGCACGCCCGCAAAAUGAGAAAAAUGCCAGCAUCAUCUUGAGAAUGGGCGCCGACAUUUUUUUCUUCUUCCAAUUAAGCUCGACCAAGAAAACUACGUGGAAAUACGAUUCUGGCGGCGGUUAGGACGACUGAGACGGUUCGACACAUUGUUUACCAUCGCGAAUCAACAAUCUGCUGACACUCUAAUGUAUGCAAUACUGCAUUGUUGUUGUUGUUCUUUUUUUUUGUUAGAACUUUAAAGGAGCACCACAGACACCCAGAGCCUUCAGGUGCCCUCCACUUCAGAGGCUGUCCAAUGCUGGCACUGCUGCAGUCACCUGGAAUAUAGUUCUACGCCUGCAGUAUUAUGUGAAUGUUUGUUUGGUUUGAGUUGCCAACUUCGAGGUUAUGUAGGCAUGCAGAAGCACUGCUUGCCAGGCACGCCAGGGUAAAUUCGUCUGUUGCAACGCCACUGCCACCACUGUUAUCACGACCACCAUUUUCAUUGCAAUUGCACUCCUGCGCAAUUGCAAUGAAAAUGUGUUCAAUGAAAUGUGUGCAAUGAAAAUGUGUUCCCUAUUUCGGUAAACGUUGAGCAAUAAAAAUAUAAAAGAAGCAAUGCAUGA